AUGGGCCGUGCUGCUCUUGCUAUUCUCGCUCUUUCAGCACUCACGGCAUGUGGUGAUGCAAGCCCUAAAGUCCGCUCUCAACAUGUGAUCUACGAAGGUACAUUAGCGAACAAUGUUGACUCAUUCCUGAAUAUUCGAUUCGGUCAAGAUACUAGCGGCAGCAAUCGCUUUAGCCCGCCAAAGUCAUUUACAUAUCCCCCUGGAACUGUGGUCAAUGCCACUCAAUCUGGUGCAGCCUGCCCUCAACAAAAAGACCCAAUUCCGAGUUUCCCGAUCUUCGAUAAUGUCACCAACGUCUCCGAGGAUUGCCUCAAUUUGCGAAUUGACAGACCAGCAAAUACAUCAAGCACCGAUAAGCUCCCUGUGAUGGUCUGGAUCUACGGGGGUGGAGACACGGUCGGUCAGAUCUAUGACACAGCCUACGAGCCGACCGCAUUAGUUCUCGGCGCAGCUGAGGCAGGUACACCCGUGAUCUACGUCGCCAUGAACUACCGGCUUGGACUCCUUGGUUUUGCUGCAUCAUCGGCAUUGAGGGCUGCAGAUUCCUUGAAUGCGGGUCUACUGGACCAGCGUCUCGCGCUCGAGUGGGUGCAGGAGCAUAUUUCGGCUUUUGGUGGUGACCCCGACAACGUUACAAUCUUUGGAGAGAGUGAUGGCGCUACUGGAGUUGGUCUGCAGAUUACAGCUUAUGGUGGUGAGAAAAAAGCACCCUUCAAGCGAGCCAUUAUGCAGUCUGGUUGCGCUAUUGCGGACACGGGUACUGCAGGCAACGUCUCCAUGGAACAUACCGCUGCCUUCAUCAAGUCUGUCAACUGCACUGCCUCAACGAGUACUCAAGAGCUCGCUUGUCUCCGGGCUCUACCGCUCGACACUAUUUUGCCUGCAAUGAUUGAAUACGAGUUCAGCAUUCAAUCAUCUGGCGGACUGGACGUCUUCAUUCCUACGUCUCCGUCAUCUUUUAUCCCCGAUAGUCCCUCCAGACUUCUGUCUUCCGGUCGGUUUACUCACAACAUCGAUAUAAUCGCCGGCUGGAAUGAGAACGAUGGUUCAUUAUUCUCGGACACCUCCGCCACGACUACCAAAGACGUCACCGAGUUCCUCGCAGCUCAGUUCCCGAACCUUUCUAAGAAGAACAUCCAAAAAGCCCUUUCCCUUUAUCCAAUUUCACAAUUCUCAGCCUACCCCUCAGAGGGCAUCGCAGCGCAGUUCUUCCAAGCUAGCCAGAUGUAUCGCGACACGGGGAUGACAUGCCCAAUCCUCUACACCGCGAAGAUGAACAGCAAGUUCUCCGACGCUUCUACAGCGACUUACCUCUACAACUUGAAUCAGACCCUUUUCACGCCGUUCCUGGCAGCAGGAGAUGAAUUGUUCUAUGGUGUAUGCCACUUCAGUGAUAUCCCCUACGUAUUCAACCAGGCAACCACCGUUUACGCAGACCUGGCCUCGACAUCUGAUAUCGAGCUUGCAAGCGAGAUGAGUGGCAGCUGGGCUUCUUUUGCAACGUAUGGUAGUCCUUCCAGGGCGAGUGGUUCGAUCUCUGGCUGGUCUAGUGCGGCAGCAUCUUCAUCGGGUGUUUAUAAUGUGCGGGUUAUUGGUGGGCCUUCAAGUGGAAUGAAAACUAUCCGGAACUCCCAGAGUUCGUGGGAGGAUCUGGCGCAGAGGUGUGCGUUCUGGAAUUCGGAGGAGGUGCUUGAACAGAUGGGUGUUUAG